AGAAAAGAAUAAAAAUAAAAACAAAACAAAACAAAAUCAUAUAUAAGAAAUUCAAAAAUACAAAACUUUUUUUUUUUUUUUUUAAAGUUUUAUUUUGUAUUUUGUUUCUAAUAAUUUAUUGUUUUGUUGUUGUCGUUGUUGUCUUUCGAACGUGCAUUUCGCAAAAGGCAUUGCGGAUCAGCUUUUUUUUUUUUUUUUAUUAUUUUUUAUUUUUGUGUGUGCAUGCUCGGUGUGUCGGAUUAGCCAAAGUGCAAACAAAACCGUGUUAUAUAUACCUUUACAACCAAACUUCCGUGAUAUUUUAUUAGCCGGUACUAAUGGUGUUACGAAAAGGAAUUUCGCGAAGGACGAUAACUACUAACACACAGCUGUCUCAGACAUGGGAAGCGAGCACUACUGUCUCCGGUGGAAGAAUCAUCAGAACAACCUGCUGGGCGUAUUCAGUCAACUGCUCCAAGAAGAGUCCCUCGUGGACGUGACGCUCGCCUGUUCGGAAGAAGGCCGACUGAUCCGCGCCCACAAGGUCGUAUUAUCUGCGUGCAGCGCGUACUUCAAGGCACUGUUCCUGGACCACCCGACCCGGCACCCGAUCGUGGUGCUCAAAGACGUUCAGUUCUCCGAACUCCGCGACCUGGUCGAGUUUAUGUACCGGGGCGAGGUGAACGUUGACCACAGACAGCUGACCACCCUGCUGAAGACGGCCGAGAGCCUAAAGGUCAAGGGGCUGGCCGACAUGGCUCGCCCCAGCGACGGCGAUGACGACACCGUCGGCGACCGCGUCGAACUGGUGCCCGCCGACCGGGAUGACGAGCCCAUGGAACCGGAAGACCUGCGGCCGUUGAGCCGGUGCCGAACUCCGGUGCCGGCCGAGAGCCGUACCCCGUCGCCGCCACCCACCGAGAGCGACGACAACCUGUCUAUGCAAAGCGAACCCAGCGACAUGACCACCGUCUGCAGGCACGACGACCAACCGUCCCCGUCCGGUUCCGGUCUGCCGCCAGUUCAGCAAGUACCUUUGUUCUUGAAGAAAGAAGCUGACUGUGACAAGACUGACGACCGAAGCAUUCAAGGAGAAAGCUCUUCAGAAUACCGGAGUAUACCAGAUCCGGAGCGCGACAGCAGAACGACGACGACGACACCUACGCCUACGCCAACGACGCCGACACCGGCCACGACGACGACGACGACGACGGCGGCGGACGCUGUGGUCGCUUUGGCCACCACGAUACCGCCGCGGUUUUACACGUGCUUGUACUGCAACCUAACGUUCCCGCAUCAGAGCAAACUGACGCGACACAUACUGUCGCACAGCCUGGACAACAACCAGCCGGGCGGCACGUCGUUCACGGACCCGGGCGGCGGCGGCGGCGGCAUGACCGUACCGCCGCCCCUGUCGUCGUCGGCGGCGGCGCUGUCGCUGUCGCUGUUGUCCGCGUCGUCGUCGUCGACGGCGGCGUCGCUGCAACAGGCGUGUGGCAUCACCGGCGCCAUGGACGACGGCGUGGGCGGUACGCUGUGCAAGUUUUGCGGCAAAACGUUUCCGGACGUGGCCACGCUGGUCGGUCACCUGCCCGCGCACACCGGCGACCGGCCGUUCAAGUGCGAGUUCUGCGGCAAAGCGUUCAAGCUCCGACACCACAUGAAGGACCACUGUCGCGUGCACACCGGCGAACGGCCGUUCCGGUGCGCGUUGUGCGGCAAGACGUUCAGCCGGUCGACGAUACUCAAGGCGCACGAGAAGACGCACUACCCGAAGUUCACGGGCCGGCACCGGUUCGUGUCGUCGCCCAGCCCCGAAGAGGAACCCGGAGGAGGAGGAGGAGGAGGUGGAGGAAUCGGAGCGGGUGGCGGCGUCGGCGGCGGAGGGUUGGGUAAUUUUGGAGGCGGAAUGGCGCAGGCGGUCGCGACGAUCGCGUCCGCCGCCGUCAGACCGUUCGACUUGACCGUCAUCCAACAUCAUCAUCACCACAGGCACGGCAGCGGGUCGCCGCCAGCUCCGCCGCCGCCUCCGCCCACGCCACCAUGACGACAAUUGUUUCCUUAUAGAGUGUAGUGGAAACGGGGUCGAGCCGACGGCCGUUCUCUACGCUCAGAGUCAUAUUAUAUACGAUAUACUAUUAUAUAUUUUGUUACGUUGUAAUAUCCGUCAUAUAUUAUUAUUAUAUAGUUAUUAACUUAUUAUUAUUAUUAUUAUCAUUAUUACGUUGUAUUAUUCGCUGUAUAAUAUUACAUCCGAAAUAAACCGAAAACACACACACACACCGCCGCGACGAUCGAAAUGGUCAGGUUUUCGUAGGUAAUUGUUUCGAACGUAAAAAAUAUAUUUAUAUAAAACUACCCGAAUUCGAAAAAUGCCGUCCGAUUUGAAUCUAUACAUCGAAAUUGAUGUCUGGCGGCCGACGUGCUUUCGUCCUAGCGCACGCACCACGAUAGUCCUGUAGUACACCUAUAUUACGUACUGUUCACGUAUUUAUGUCGUAUACGCGAGACGCAUUUCGUAUUUCGCGUUUUCUUUAUUUUUUUUUUUACACGCUUUGUUGCGUGACGAAAAACAAAAACGAUCGCCGCCGGAACGUUUAACGGCUUUGCCUUCUCCUCUCUCUCCCGUCCAUUCACCCCCCCACUCGACCUCUCCCCUGUCGGUCUCCGUCGAAUGUUAGGAUCGUACGCGAAAACUGUUCAAAUAUUUUAGGUUAGAAUCAAUACCACGCGCCGCGCCGUCAUUCAUGCUGUAUGCCUCAUAUUAUUAUUAUACAUCGACUUGCGUUCUGUCGACGGUACGUGCGGCGUCGGAAUUGGCCUCGGUCAACAAAUCGUGGGCAAUCGUGGUAGGUAAUAAAUAUAAUAGUAUGGUAGGUACGAUAUGCGCACCGUUAAAUACCGACGGAAUAUAAAAUAUAUAUCGUGCGCAGUGAAAUCAUUGGCUGAAACGUCUUCGCGCCAGUACCUACUUACGGCGGCUUACUGUAUUUUUACCGAAUUCGGCGGCAUAUAAAUUUAAUACACGUACCUCAGGAUAACAAUAGAUCAUCUAUGGUUUUUUGUUUCGUUCGGCGUAUCCAUUAUAAUUAAUACACGUAUAUUGAUGAUUUUUUUAUCCUGGGCAUUUGCAUUACUCUUCGAUUUAUUAUCGACAUUUUCAGACGUAAAGUACGACAAAUACGCGUAAUACAUUUUAACUAAUAGUAAUUUAUCCUUUGGAUAUUAUUCUUAUCUUUACUACGUUUGGCAACAAAACUAAACAGCCCGUGAUCGCUGUUGUUAGAUUUCAAACAGACGAUUGAAUCUGUACGUGUACAGUGCACGGCUUGUACAUCCCGUCCUCCUUCGCCGCUGUGAGCAAUACCAGAUAGUUGUAAAGUUCUCAAUUAAAAAAGUUAACAAUAACAAACAAUAAUCACUGUUUUUAAAAUACAUUUGAUUUGUAUUGAAACGUUUUCAAACAAAAACCAGAUGUUCUCUUUUCACACAGAAUCGACAGAAGUUUAAAAGAGUUGGACGCAUCAUUUAUUAUUUCGCCGACACGAGGACAUUUUAUUCGUCCAUGAAUUGUAAUUAUUUUAAUACUCUCUCGGAAAAAAAACUUUUUUUUUACGUUCAAGCUAAUUACCUUUGAAAACUUUACAUUCAGCUGGACCCCUUGAGUACUUCUAACAUUAGUAACAAUUAACGGUGUGUAUAAUUGGUUAAGGGUUCAAAAAUCAAGAGCGCGUUUUUUAACAUAUUUAAUUUCGCUCAUCAUUAUUAUAAUGCUCUAGCGCCUAUUCAUAAGUCAGUAGAUUUAAUUUUCUGUGAUAUGCAUGUAUAUAAUAGAAUUUAUAUAUUUAUAUGAAUAAUUAAACAAUAUCUAAUUUUAAAUAACAGAAGUAGGCGUUAACAUGGACCAGUACAGCUUAUUAAUAUACAUCCAAAAGUACUGACAUUAAAAUUUCAAAUCUGUUUUAUUCUAAUAAUACUAGUUCCGCUAAUGAUGAUAAAAUAUGGUGUUAAUAACAUUGUUAUUGUUUAUUUUAUAUUUUAGUUAACCAACCAAAACACUACUUUACUCUCAUUUGGUUUUUUUUAUAGUUACUAUCGAGUAUUUAAUUAUACGUAGGUAUUCAAUAAAUAUAAAAUACAUUUUGAUUUAAUUCUCAGAUUUAAUUUUUAAAAUCGUUUUUCGGCGAAUUUAUUUUAAUUCGUUUGUCCAUAUUUUAAACUUUUUAAUAAUACUCAGAAUAUUAUAAAAAUCUAGUUCAUCGUUAUAAAUUCAUCAUAUUAUAUAUAUAUAUAAUUUAAGGGUAUCGCAAAUAUUAACCUCAUACAUAUUUACAUAAUUUUUCGAAGACACGUGUGCUCACAAGAGCCUGUGUGAGGAUCAAAAUAUUAUAUUUUCGAAAAACAUUUACUUUGUUAUAUUAUAUAUAAAUUAUGUACGUUUUACCAGUCAUGUCACCGUUUAUUGUUAAUUAUUGGCACUCAAUCGCAAAAUAUAUUAUAUGUCAUUUAAGCUUUUUAUUUAUUAUUUUUUUGUUAAAAUCUAUAUAACACGUGUGAUCAAAUUUU